CCUCUGGACCACACCCACUACCUCACCCUCUGCCUCUCCCUCGCCCGCCAGUCUCCCCCCAAACCCACCAACUUCCGCGUCGGCGCCCUCCUCCUCUCACCCUCCAACUCCCCCGAACCCCUCAUCACAGGCUACACCCUUGAAUGUCCCGGAAACACGCACGCCGAACAAUGCUGUUUCAUCAAACUCGCCGAGAAAUACGCCUGUCCGGUGGAAGAGUUGGGAUGGCACUUGCCGAGGGAUACGGUGUUGUAUACGACUAUGGAACCUUGUGUGAGGAGGAGUGCUGGGAAUGCGAGCUGUGUGGAGAGGGUGUUGGGACUGAGGAAUAUGGAGGGAGGGGUGGCAGUGAACAGGGUUGUGGUGGGUGUUUGUGAACCGGAGACGUUUGUGGGAAGGAAUGAGGGGAGGAUGAAGCUGGAAGAGAGGGGAGUGGAGGUUGUGGUUGUUGAGGGGAUGGAAAGGGAGAUUUUGGAGGUUGCUACUGCUGGACAUGUCAAG